AGCUCACCAGAAGUGCUGCACGGCGGCUGCGCUGCCCUGCCCGGGCCUCACCGAGCGCACCAGAACCAGAGAACCAGGACAGAGAGGGCAGGAGUGAUGCCGGCGUGUGGCUCCCCGGAGGAUCUGCGGGUGCCAAGGGGGUCCGGGCUGCCACCCUCACCCCGCCAGUGCCGUGGCUGUGCCGGUGUCAUCCCCGGAGCAUCCUGGUGCUGGCAUGUGCCUGGGUGGCUGCCGAUCACCUCUUCCCUACCCGCAGGGAUGCACCGUGAUGCCAGCCCGUCCAGCCGCCCUGUGACACGGCCCCUGGCUCGGGAGUGACCCGCGGUGGGGACCGGCUCUGCAGCCACCGCCCUGUUUGCUCCGGCCCCGGCCUCACCCGUGCAGGCAGAGGGAGAGGUGGAGCUGGCCGCUGGCCCCACGCUGGGGCACACGAGCCACUGCUGGCCGUGGAGUAGCAGACCCGUGUGUGUCCCCAGAGAUCCCAGACAUGGCCUUCCAGCGGAGCCACCGGCUGAACCUGCUGCGCCUCGUCGUGCUGCUCCUCGUGGCCUUGGCCGGCAUCAAGUUCCUCUUCCGUGACAGCUUUACCCUGGAGCUGCACAAGCACGUCAGCAAGGACAGCGGGUUCUGGGGGGACACAGGUGACAUCGUCCAGGACAUCAUCCCCCAGAGCCAGAUUCUGGAGGUCCCUGCAGCAAAGAUAAUUGCCCUGAAGCAAAAACAGCAGGUCCCCAGGGAUGUCAGUGCCACCGAGAUGAGGCUGGUCCACCUGGACCUCAAGGGAGCUGCGCCCAGAGUCUCCUACCUGGAACAGGUGUUCCCCCUCCUGUCGCAGCUGGGAGCCAACGGAGUCCUCAUGGAGUACGAGGACAUGUUCCCCUUCAAGGGGGAGCUGGAAAUCCUCAGGUCCCCAUACGCUUACAGCGAGGAGGACAUCGAACGGAUCCAGCAGCUGGCGGAGCAACACAAGCUGGAGGUGGUUCCCCUGGUGCAGACCUUUGGCCAUGUGGAGUUCAUCCUCAAGCACGAGAAGUACCAGCACCUGCGGGAGGUCGAGCGCUUCCCCAACAGCUUCAACCCCCACGUCCCCGACACCCUGGCCCUGCUCAAGAGCAUCCUGUCCCAGGUGAUCGAGAAGCACCGCCGCUCCACCUGGAUCCACAUCGGCGCAGACGAGGUUUUCCAUCUUGGGGAGGGGAUGGACUCCAAGAACUGGAUGAGCCACAACAAGGGCGACGUGGGAACCAUGUACCUGAAGCACAUCAAGGAGGUUCUGGGCUUCCUCACGGCUCAGUACUGGGGGCUGCGGGUGCUCAUGUGGGACGACAUGCUGAGGAAGAUCAGCGUGGGAGCCCUGCGGGAGUCCGGGAUAGCGAAGCACGUCUCACCCGUGGUGUGGUUCUACGCGCCCGACUUCGAGGCUGAGCAGAUCGUGCCGUUCCUCACCAAGUACGUGGAGAGCGGCUUCGAGGCGGUUUGGUUCGCCAGCGCCUUCAAGGGCACCACGGGGCCGGCGCAGGCCUGGACCCCGCUGAGCUACCACCUGAAAAACCACCUGAGCUGGCUGAAGGUGAUGCAGGCCGUGCCACGGCUGGCCCCGCUGCGCUUGCAGGGCGUCGUGCUCACCGGCUGGCAGAGGUACGAUCACUACUCGGUGCUCUGCGAGCUGCUGCCAGUCAGCAUCCCCUCGCUGGCCAUCUGCCUGCAGACCCUGGUGAACGGGGGCUUCACAGAAGAGGCAAAGAGGAAAGUCCUGGAUGUGCUGGGCUUGGAGAGCGUGCAGCUGGAGCAGAGCACCUGCGAGGGCAGGGGAGCGUUCCCUGGGGUGGAGAUCUACCACAUGGUGGAGCAGGUGAAUGGGCACCUGAAGGAGAGCAUCCUUAAGGCACUGGAGGAGGAGAGUGCCAUCAAGGGCUGGUUCAGCCCCUACCAUCGGAAGCGCCAGUUUGGGAACCCCCGCAACAUGGAGAGCUUUGGCAGCAAAGUGCUGAAGCUCCACGAUGACUGGGAGAGCUUUGUCCGUGACCUGCAUGCCCAGCUGGACAGGAUCUACUUCCCUGACACAGUGGAGGAGUGGAUGGAGGAGAACGUCAACCCCUACCUGGACCAGCUGCGGGACCUGGUGCGGGAUUACCGGGCCAUCAUCCGCCUCAAUGGCCGGCCCAAGGCCGCCUAGGGCUGCAGCCCCCGGCUCCUGCUGCCCCCUGGCUGGGCUUUGGGGGCCACCAUCGUGUGUCUGUUUGCUGGUGACAGCGCUGCUGCUGCUGUUUGCACUGUACAGAGCCCCUGCGCUCCCCCCUCCACAAUAAAG